AUGGCGAAAGUAGGAGAAAUGGGCAAAGGCUACGUUUUUCCUUUUCCCAAGCCUAGAGCCGACAAAGGCCUCAACAUAAUGGGCGAAAGUCCCAGAAUCAAAGCAGCCAGACAAGACUGCUUCGGGAAGAUUGAAGCGUUCAGCAAGAAGAAUUGGCCCCCACCACGGUACAAAAGAGAGUCCAGGAACAUACUCAGCAGCCCCGGAAAGGAAGAAAGCCCAGGCUACGUCGCCUCGUCUCUCAUCCUCUAUCUUUUACACACGAUUAGAAGGUACGACGGAUGGUUCCAAAGUUACUCAUCUGGAUGGUUCCAAAGUGACUAA